GAUUUGGAUUUUGUCAAAUCUCAAAAUCGAUUUGCUUUCCUAUCUCUCAAAUCUCUCUCUCCGAUUCUCAUCACAAAAAAUCCAAGUCUUCCUCCAUCGCUCCCUCUUUACUGCGUCCUCCCUCGUUUCCACGGAGAUUAAAAAAAGCAAAAUUUCGAGAUAGAUAGAGAUAGAAGAAACCUUCCCAUGGCUGCAGCAGCUAUGAGCGAGAAGGAAGCUAUGGUUGAUCCUUUCCUCGUCGAAGCUCUUCAGAACCCUCGUCAUCGUCUCACAAUUUUGCGUAUGGAGCUGGACAUACAAAAGUUCUUUCAAAGUCCAGAGCAGCAGCAAUACGAGUUCCCUCCUUACCCCACCUCUUACCUCCGUCUCGCUGCUCACCGCGUCGCUCACCAUUACGGCCUCUUCACCACCGCCUUAGACGGCGCCGCUUUGGACGGCUCAGGGAACAGGAUCCUGGUCUCCAAAACCGCUGAGAGCAGAUACCCUCACGUCUGUUUGUCUGAGAUUCCCGUGAAGCAGCAGACCGAGGUUAACGGGAGGAGGCCUCAGGGGUUCAAGCUCGCCAUCAAGGCGAGACCCGAUAGAGGAAGCGGUGCGGGUGGUGGCGGGUCGGGUGUGGAGAAGAAUCUCUUGAGGAGCGUUGAGGAGAGGAAAGAGGAGUAUGAGAGAGCCAGGGCUCGGAUCUUUAACAGCCCUAAUAGUUCAGACUCUGAAGAGUCUUCAACACGAGCUCCUCCUCCUCCUGUUCAGACAAAACGUAACGACAAUAGUAGUAGACUCCCAGCUAGAAACGAGAGUGAAAGCAGUCUUGUUGAUGUGGAGAGGAAUGGUGUUGGACGGACUUCACGAGUAGCCAUUAUUAGAGAUAGAGAGAAAGAUCGUUACGAUCCUGAUUAUGACCGUAACAGGUACGUGAGGGUUACGCCACCUGUUGUACAAAACUUCAACCCUAUGCCGAUUCAUCUCCCUUUCCAUGACGGAGUCUUCCCACAGAUGCCAAGAACUCAAGCCAACCUAAACUACGGACAUCCCUUAAACCCGGCUAUGGCUUCUAGUAACGCGCCUGCUUAUACAGAGUGGCCUAGUGUCACAAUGACUUAUGCACAGACACUGAACGCUUCAGACCCGAAUCUUUUCAGGCGGCACCAGAAUCCCUGACCUUUGGUCCUGAUCAAACCCAUGUCUGUAUGCUUUUCUAUAGAUGUAGUCUUAGUUUUUUUUUUUGUUCUGCUCUUGUUGGAAACAUUUGUGGCCGCACAAGACAAUUGUUACUCUGUUGUUACAAAAUUAUAUUUAAUAUUAUCAAGCUUUUGCAUCAAAA